GAAUGUUACGUCUGGGCAUGAUGAUGAAUUGUCCGUACACACCUGCACACAUAUCACACCACGCACAUCACAUCCACCAACCUUCCAUGGAUGAGUCAAUACACACAUCAAUCAGCCCUCAUCCAUCCAUUCUAUCACCAUCCGCACCGGUCUCCCAUCCCCAUCACUACCCCACCCUCCCCCCCAGCAGCAACAGCGGUGUGUGUCUCGGUAUGUAUGCGGAUGCGCUUGGCCUCGUGCUCAAAAGUCGCUCGCGUGCCACGCCGUGUGGCCAAUGUGGUGGUCGUGGUCGUGAGGCGCAUCGAUUGGCAUGACGGGGCGGGCAGGGGGGCGUAGAAGGGCGACCUGUGUGUGUGUGCACAUUGAAACGUGACACGUGUGUCGAAGCUGUAUGUGGGUGCAGACCUGCGUACCUCAUUUGCCCUCUCCUGGUGGACGGACGGCUUCUGCUCAGGCGUGCUGCGCUGCUGAGAAUGGUCGCCAUUCUGCACACACACGCAUCCACGACAAUGGCACAUCCCCGUGUGACGUGCCUCUGCACGUCGCAUGCUCACGUCCUGCCACGUCCGGCUAUUGCUGUGUUGUUGCCCUUGCCGGCUCGCUAAUGUCGCCAUCCUGCUCGUUCUUGCGUCGCUUUCUGAACUCGUCGUCAGUGUGCAUCAUCGUUGGGUCUCCCCCGUGUGACUGAUGGGAGGAAGCAGCCUCGGGGGACCCCCCCGCCGAGGGAGGGACAGUCUCACCAGCGCCCGCACCGAAAUCCCCCGAGGCCAGACUGAAACCACCGCAACACAACACAAGACACAACGCAUGGAUGGGAUGGUGUCAGUCACUCCCUCUCACGCCCAAGUGUCAGUCACCUACCUCGCGAUGUAGGCCUUGUAAUCCUCCCCUUUCCUCGCCUUCAGUCGAAUCUGUUCGAGCUGAUGGUGUGCCUCCAGGUAGUGCAGGAACGUGCGCGUGUCCUUGACCGAGCCGUCAGGAUCGAGGCAAGUGUCAAGCAGCAGGAGAGAAUCGUAGGACAGCUCCGACAGGUUAGGGGGGUGGACCUCCAGUUCCCUCACAGCGGUUUCAACUCGAGAAACAAGAGUGGCGCGAGAUUGGCCGGCCCCCAUCCCUGUUGUGCGGCUGCUUUUCACGACCCCCCCAAAAGCACCCAGCUGGGGGGAG